UCAACAGCUACCUGUAAGAAUACUGCAAAAAAUUUGAGAGCCAAGCUUACCAAAUUGUUGCAGGAUGGAGCCCACCAUCACAUACUGCGCAACCUUUACAUCGUGUACACAUUCGUGGUGACGUCAUGCCCCGCGGUCACGGCCGGGCUGGUGUCUGCAGCGGUGGAAGACCUCAGGCUCAUCAUCCAUGAGCGACUGCAGCAAGAAAAGGACACAUUCCACGAAGCUGACUUGGAGUUGUUCCUAAGCUACGUGGACGGUCGUCCGAUGCGGUUCACGGUGUUCAAGCUGCUGCCGCUGGACUGGUCGCUGCCGGUCUUCAUUAUCAACGAGUUCAACAAGUAUGUGUACAGCGGCGAUGGAACGCGGGUGUUGGAAAGCAUGGAGAUUUAUAAGAGUAUUGGUGUCGGAUUAGAUGUGGUGAAGAAUUACUUCGAUAUCUUAUAUAUGAUUGGCCUGAUAUUCAUCACUACUGAUCAGAUCUACACCGCGUAUUUGGGUCUUUUGAAAUUCAAAUAUGAUGGAGAGGGGCACACUCCUCAAAUGAUCCUGAGGAAUCUGUACUCACUGCAAAAUUUCGCACUCUUGUCCUCACCAGCUAUAUCAGCAGGAUUAGUGACGGUGGUUGUGGGGGACCUCAAGCUUAUACUCUUGGAACGAAUUCUUCAAGAAAGGGAUAAAGACCACGAGGUCCACUUGCAGACUUUCCUCGACUACGUCAAUGUGCGUCCGAUGCAGUUCAAGGUGUUCAGCGUGGCGCCUUUGGACUGGUCGCUGCCGAUCCUCAUCCUGAACCUGUGCAUCUCGUACCAAAUCAUCAUCGUGCAAUUCACUAAACUUUAUUAGGUGGAAAAAUACAAUCAACUCAUACUUCUUUGUAGAGAGCCUGUGAUCUCUUUGUUUUAGUUUUAUUUUGAUUACCUAUAUCCAGCAUAAUAAUAUUUUAAUCGUUUGAUCUACAAGUCUCAUUUGUAUUCUGCUUUUACAAUUUUGCUCUGGUUUUGUCAAAAGCCAAUUCAAGUAGCUAACCAUGUGUCGAGUGAGUUUUGUGUCUGU